AUGACUAUUUGUGACAAAACGAUGGCAUCUGGAUUUCUUAAUUCUUCAACUGAGACUGUUCCCUAUGGUGAAAAGAGUGCCUUCUCACAAACAGAACACAAUGUUGUUGCGACAUACCUCAUCAUAGCAGGAGUGGUCAGUCUGUCCAGUAAUAUUGUGGUGCUGCUGAUGUUUGUGAAGUUCAGAGAGUUGCGUAAUGCCACAAAUGCUGUCAUUAUUAAUCUGGCCUUUACUGACAUUGGUGUGGCCGGUAUAGGUUACCCCAUGUCAGCAGCCUCUGACCUGCAUGGGAGCUGGAAAUUCGGCUACACAGGCUGCCAGAUUUAUGCUGCUCUGAAUAUAUUCUUUGGAAUGGCAAGUAUUGGAUUGCUCACCGUGGUUGCCAUUGACAGAUACCUUACCAUAUGUCGACCUGACAUAGGGCAGAAGCUGACAAAAUUGUCAUACACACUUCUAAUUGUGGCUGCUUGGCUGAAUGCAGUGUUUUGGUCAUCCAUGCCAAUCGCUGGUUGGGCAGGAUAUGCCCCUGACCCCACAGGGGCCACAUGUACCAUUAACUGGAGGAACAAUGACAUAUCUUUUGUGUCCUACACUAUGGCCGUGAUUACUGUCAACUUCAUCAUUCCCCUGUCGGUCAUGUUCUAUUGUUACUACAAUGUCUCAGUUACUGUGAAGAGGUACAAAGCCAGUAACUGCCUAGAGAGCAUCAACAUGGACUGGUCAGAUCAGAUGGAUGUUACCAAGAUGUCCGUUAUAAUGAUAGUGAUGUUCCUGGUUGCCUGGUCUCCAUAUUCAAUUGUGUGUUUGUGGGCAUCAUUUGGUGACCCCAAAAUGAUUCCAGCUCCAAUGGCCACAAUCGCUCCACUCUUUGCCAAGUCCUCCACUUUUUACAAUCCUUGCAUCUAUGUCAUCACCAACAAAAGGUUCAGAAGAGCUAUCAUUGGGAUGUUACGAUGUCAGACACGACAGCGCAUCACUAUUAGCAACCAGGUUCCAAUGACAGCCUCUUCUUUACCUCUCAACCCCUAAAUGAGGAGUGAGUUGGAUAUUCAUCAAACAUGGCCACCACCCAGCGCUGGACGCUAACUUUCUACACUAUUAUAACACCACUAGGGAAUGGUUACUUUGGAGUCUCAGUCAGUUGCAAAGUUUUCUUAUACUUUACCAUGAUUAAAUGUGAAUGUCCAUCUUGCAAACUGCCACUGACUUCAUCUGACAGCAUACUAUUAUAUUUUGUUGUUUAUUUUCAUGGUAUUCCCUGCAAAUCCUAUGUAAUUCCACAUUUUUACAUGGAGUUUACAGUGUAAAUUCUUAUGUUAUUGACUCGGCAUUACUGUCAGCAUUGUUCUUGUGUGUACUUUACAUGUUUUAAUUUGA